GAAGCAAAACAAAACUUGCAACCUGCGCAGAUUGUUCCUUGCGAUUGCUAUUUUAGCAGAAGUAUAUUUUGUAUUUACAAAAUCCCAAAAGUUAUACAUUUCUGGUCACUUUCCAAACAUUUUCUUAACACCCUUAAGAAGCGAUGUCAGCUGAUGAUAUGAGUAACCCGUUCAUUGAUCAAUCACUGGAACAGAAACGAGUUCACAACGAUGCAGAUUCUGCUGUCCCAGAUGCACCCGAUUUGGACGGUGAAGAGUUGGAAGACAUUCCUGCAGCGAUGACCGAGUCCUAUAGUGAGAUUUCCUACACGCAAGACUUUUUCGAAAGUGGAAAUACCCGUGAGCGAGAUGCGGCCAGAGCGAAUCCCAAGAACUUGGACUCGGCUUCGUCCUCAUCAUCUUCGUCACAAACUAGAAAACGGCCAGAUUCGCUGAACUGUGAUAAACGGAAAGACACAUCUUUUCCGUAUAACUUGGAAGGAACGGUCCGAGUGGAUGGCAAUAUGACACAUUUUGUUGCCGAAAAUCUCGAGUACAAAAUUAAAUUGGCUAGUCCCGUGUCGGUAACGCGAAAAGAUUCUGGAAAUCCAUCCAUUUCCCGUCAGAGCACUCCGUCGGCAGCGACCGGUGCUGGUAGUUCUAGUAAUUAUGGGUUAAUGCCAAAACCGUUUAUGUUGCCAUCACAAUUCAAUCAAAUAGACCCAAACGUAUUGAACGAGGUCGAACGAGAAGCGCAAGCAUUGGCCGCCUCGGUGGAUAAUUUAACCGAGAAUCUCUGCUCCGUGCUGCAUUCAAUAUCCUCAAUCACUGCUGAUAAUGUAGAAAUUUACAAAAAUGCCGUCACCAAGCUAACUGACUGUAUGGACGCCAAUAUCAAGUGUAUGUACACAAUCAUGGCCAAAGCGGAGGAAAUAUCGAAAGCCAUCAAACCCGCCGAAGCACUAGCCGCUAGGAUACGAGAAAUCAAGCGUUUGGUGGAUAUGUUCGAAAGUAAUUUGUAGGUUAAAGCAUUCCUGCGUUCUCUCUGUGACAGACAGAUCAUUUCUGUGAUGGUCAAAAGCAGUUAAAAAUAGUGUCCACAACUGUACAUCUCCAGAAUUGUAUGUCAGAUAGCGUUUCGAUAUAUCCUAUCAAAUGUAUUCCAAGAUAAUUAGAAAACUAGAGUAUGACUGUACUAUCUAGUAUUUAUUUAUUCAUUAGUUGUAUAGUCAGUUGUAUAGUUUCUUUUCUGUUGAAAUGAAAUAUAUGCUUAAAAUGAAACUUGCAGAAAAUAAUUCGCUGAAUACUAUUUCUGAAAACGUCUUUAGAGGAACAGUGAAAACUUCAAAACCACUAGUUAAUUAGUUACAAUUAAGCUAGUUUGUGAAAUUUUGGAUAUUUUGUUUCACCAAAAAUAAAUCAAUUACUACUUUGCAA